CAAAUCUAUUAGACUAUGAAAGAGAACGAGUCGUGACUCAGGAUCGAGCGGAGAGUAUCCGCGACUAGUAAAGUGAAGCAAAACGAAAGGCGAUGGAUGUGUAUUCAUGGGUCCGACGCCAUCUAUCCAGAGAAAAACGGACAUCUCUUCCGGCCGGAGGAAAGAGCAAAGUAUUCCGUAAAACCGAAGAAGAUGACCGACAACUUCACGGCGUCAAUGAAACACUAAUCGAACUAAUCAAAUCUUUCUCUGUUGAAACCUUCAUAAACUACUCACUUCCUGAUGACGAGGGAGCUGAUGGGGAGGGCUAUGAAGGACCUUCUCACAACGUUCGAAAGGAUCUGUCGGAUUGGCAAGAACAUCAUGCUCUGCUUGUUCUGUCCGAAGUCAAGGAGCUAGCGCAAUUGAGAUUUGAGUUAUGCCCUCGUUAUUUGAAGGAACGUCAGUUUUGGAGAAUCUAUUUUUCACUAGUUAAGAGCUACGUGGCAGAAUAUGAACUGCAAGCGGUGCGCCUAGCAAGAUUAAAGCAGAUGAGCAUUGAGGAUGAAAGCAUUCCAGAUAGUAAUACGUAUGAAGUUGAGAUGUUAGAAACAAAGCAAAGGAUACAUGACAUUUCUUUGGAGGACCAGAAAUGACCUGACAAUAUACAAAUCUUAUAAGUAGGUAAUAGGUUAAGGUUAUGGAUUUGGUCAUAACUUGAUGAUCACCUUUUGUUAAAACCUUGUCUAGCUUUCUCAAACUGUAUCAGGCUUAGGGUGGGUUGAUGUCAUUCAACAUUAGGUUUAGGGUUAUUAAAUGUAUACUAUGUUUGGUUAAUGUUUGUAUGUAAAGUUCAGAAUACUAAGGUGUGUUUACCAUGUUGAAUAUUUCACAAGGGUAAUGUCGUGAAAUACUUUGCACAGUCAAUAUCAAGCGAAACAAUUACUAUGGGACAAUUUAGAAAAAAACUUCAUGCCUUACCUGGCAAUACAAUUUGAUUUUCCAUGCAAAGUUAAUACAUCCUUACACUUUGUGUGUCA